AUGGCCUCCAUCCUCAACGCUGGCCAGCAGGGCCUCAACUUUUCGCAGUCGGCCCCCUCGGCGCCGCUGGCGCGCUCCGACUCGGUGAUCGGCAAGCUGCUCUCGCUCGUCGACCUCACGCGCGUGCCCUCGUUCCAGGAGGCCGAUCGCACCACCGUCGUCUUCUCCAUCCUCGCCGUCGUCGCCACGCUCCUCCUCGCAGAGCAGUACAACUACCAGAAGAAGAAGGCCUGGCUCCCCGGCCCCAAGUGGACCAUCCCCAUCAUCGGCAAGUUUGCCGACUCGCUCAACCCCUCGCUCGAAAAGUACCAGCAGGGAUGGAACUCGGGCCCGCUCAGCGUUGCCAGCGUAUUCAACAUCUUCAUCGUCAUUGCUUCGUCGAACGAAUACGCCCGCAAGAUCCUCAACAGCCCCACCUAUGCCGAGCCCUGCCUCGUGGCUUCCGCCAAGAAGGUGCUCUGCCCGGACAACUGGGUCUUCCUGAGCGGCAAGACGCACGUCGACUACCGCAAGGGCCUCAACACGCUCUUUACGCGCAAGGCGCUGGGCAUCUACCUCGGCAUCCAGGAGACCAUCUACAAGCGCUACUUUGACGAGUGGCUCGCCGACCCCACGCCCGAGGCGCAGCCGUACAUGAUGAAGUUCCGCGACCUGAACAUGGAGACGUCGCUGCGCGUGUUCUGCGGCAACUACGUCUCGGACGAGGGCGCCAAGGAGAUCUCGGACAACUACUGGCUGAUCACGGUGGCGCUGGAGCUGGUCAACUUCCCCUUUGCGUUCCCGGGCACCAAGGUGUACAAUGCGAUCAAGGCGCGCAAGACGGCGAUGAAGUGGUUCGAGCUGACGGCGCGCGAGUCGAAGAAGCGCAUGGCCGAGGGUGGCGAGGUGACGUGCCUGACGGAUGCGUGGAUCAAGGCGAUGCUCGAUGCGCGUCUGCAGAAGGAGAAUGCCGAUCUGGAGGCCGAGACGCGCCGGGUGCUUGUGCGCGACUUUUCGGACCGCGAGAUCGGCAUGGUGCUGCUGAGCUUCCUGUUUGCGUCGCAGGAUGCCAUGUCGAGCGGACUGACGUAUCUGCUGCAGCAUGUGGCGGACCGACCCGAGAUCCUGCGCAAGGUGCGCGAGGAGCAGUACCGCAUCCGUGGCGACGACAUCAACGCGCCUCUGACGUACGAGGCGAUCGAGCAGAUGGACUACACCAAGGCGGUGGUCAAGGAGAGCCUGCGCAUGAAGCCUCCCGUCAUCAUGGUGCCUUACCUCAACCACAAGGAGUUCCCCAUCGACAAGAACUACACGGUGCCCAAGGGCAGCAUGGUCAUCCCGAGCUUCUGGAACUCGCUGCACGACGCCAACGUGUACCCUCAGCCGGACGAGUUCAAGCCCGAGCGUUGGCUGGAUGCCGAGGAUCCGGCGCAGAAGAACCCCAAGAACUACCUCGUGUUUGGCAGCGGCCCGCACAACUGCAUCGGGCAGCAGUACGCCAACAUGCACCUGACGGCGGUGCUGGGCACGGCGAGCGUGCUGAUGAACUGGCAGCACGAGGUGACGCCGCUCAGCGAAGAGGUGGAGGUGAUCGCCACCAUCUUCCCCAAGGACGGCGCCAAGAUGAAGUUCGAGCGCCGCGCGGCUCCUGCGCCGGGCACUGCGCCCGAGGUGGCGGCGCGUGCGUAA